UACCGAUCGUGUGUGUGCGGGAGACGUUGGGAACACUGAAAGGCACAGCAGACGCAGAAUAAAGUGAGCAGACGCCGGUGGCUGGUCGUGGGCAGUGGUCGCCUCAUCAAGAAAGCUUUGUCUCUGUGUACUGCAUUGUCAUCGGUAGAGUUAUAUUCAGAAUGGCGUCCAAGGUGAUCAGGAAGGUAGUGUCGAGUGCCAAGGCUCCUGCUGCCAUCGGGGCGUACAGCCAAGCAGUGCAGGCAGGCAACACUCUUUACAUCUCAGGCCAGUUGGGGCUUGAUACAGCCACCCUGAACCUCGUGAGUGAAGAUGUGGUGGAGCAGACUCGCACAGCCCUCACCAACAUGGGGCACAUACUGGAGGCUGCAGGCUGCACGUACAAGCACGUGGUCAAGACAACUGUACUUCUAGCAGACAUCAAUGACUUUGCAAAAGUUAACGAGGAAUAUUCCAAAUUCUUCACUGAGUCCAAGCCUGCUCGAGCUGCUUACCAAGUGGCCAACCUACCCAAGGGUGGACGUGUGGAGAUCGAAGCCAUAGCAAUUGUAGGAGAGUUGGAUGCACAGUAAGGAGCAGUGCCAGCAACUAUCCCAACAGCUGUGCUGAUAACUACCCCAACUGUAAUCUUGCUACCAUACCACUGUCGCCUUCACAUACUCUAUUUUUUCCCUUUAUCUUUUUUCCUGACUGGCCAUUUUCCAAACAUUGUGGCACUUGAGAAAAAGCAGAAUAUAGGAAUCUAUUUAAAUGCAAAGACAGUUAAAUCCAUUGCUCAAUUAUUUCAUUUUAGAAUAGUUAUAUUUUUAUUUUUUUUCUUAUUAUGUAAUUGCAUUGCACAAUUAUUUAUUUUAAACUUCUUAACUUUUUUAUAGUAUGUAAUCCUAAAGAGACUGGAAAUCUCAGCUCAGUUUUAUUGCCAAUUAUUUAGCCUUACAGAAUGUUGAAAAGAUUUUAUUUGUAUGUGAUAAAACAAUGCAUAAUAUUACAAAGGGCAUUUUUGUUACAGUUGUUCCUUAUGAUGCAUUAUGGAUGGUCUUAAAAUAUAAAAGCAGUAAAGUAUAUUUUCAAUGAUGUACGAGUAUGUACAUAGACUUAGAUAUAUCUGUGAUGCUGCAUGUCCUGUAACACAACAGGGUAACUAAUGGUACUUUGAAGCAUCUAAUACAAUAUGUUAGGAAGAAAUGGCAAAAGUUCUGGUGUUUGCCCAUUGAGGUUAUAGACAGAACCAUUAGUCAUUAUAUUUAUAAAAACACUACAAGUGGCUUAAAAUAGAACCUCACUUUAAUGUUACCUUAUGCUGGCACAUCUUAAGGUAUAAGAUAUCCCGAAUAAACCAGUACAAGUCUUCCUAUAGUGUGUAAUAUUUCAAUAUUUGGAUUUAUUGUGCCAGCUCCAGUAGUGUCAUGGAUUCCAUAUUAUUUUUUUAUUUAGUAUUUUUCUCCAUUUGUGCAGUUAGAGGGAACUAUUGCACUGCAAUUAUAGUGCUUCACAGUAAUGAUGAAAUAAAUGUUUGAAUAAUAAA